AUGACUGCACGAAUAGCCGCAGACCCCUACAGCUGUAAAUCUCGCCACACGACGGCGGGCACUGGCGGCGGGCACAGCACCAGCAGCAAGACCCAGUCGAUAGAAUGUCGAUGCAAUUCUAGUGUUCAACCGACCGUCGCAGCACAGACAAACCCUGGCAGAAUUCUUGGACCGACAAAUCCGUUAUCAUCCAGCACAAGCCCAAACUGCACAAAUAAAAACAACAGCGAACGUGAGCCCUCGGCAAACAGCAUGUUCGGGGCCCGCUCAUGUGAUGACCCAAUGACAUGCUGGUCGCCGUCCAUACGUGCUUCCCUGUCGGUUUUAUGCAACCUUUCAAAAUUGAAAGCGAUUCGCCUGCCAUCAGGAUCAACGUGUACUUCAUUGUCGGUCUUUUCAUCGCCUUGCAAAUUUUCAUCGGGUUUUCCUUCCUACCUUUUCAUGUCUCUGAUUGUUACUCUUUUGGUUGCAUCUCUACUCGCACAGCCAGCACAGGCUUUAAAACACAAAAACAUCACAAUAGGGGCUAUAUUCCCAAUGGCUGGGAGCUGGGCCGGUGGGAAAGCCUGUUACCCUGCCGUGGAGAUGGCACUCUUUGACAUUAACAACAGGCUAGACGUUCUACCAGACUAUACUUUACAGAUGGAUUACAAAGACAGUCAGGUAAGUCUAGACAAAACAGUUUGGAAUUUGAAAUUAUUGUCUUUCUUUCUCCUCUGUCUUUCUUUCUCCUCUGUCUUUCUUUCUCCUCCGUCUUUCUUUCUCCUCCGUCUUUCCUUCUCCUCCGUCUUUCCUUCUCCUCCGUCUUUCCUUCUCCUCCGUCUUUCCUCCUCCUCCGUCUUUCCUCCUCCUCCGUCUUUCCUCCUCCUCUGUUUAUACACAACACAGUCAUUCUUUUAG